GUGAUUAGCCUCUAAAUUGAGUGUGGUCAUUUUUAUUGGCAAUUUGGCAUUCUAUGCUGUUAAAAUCCCUUUAUACAGUGUUUUAUUGGUCUACAGUUUUAUGUCCCCUGCUUGAAGUUCUCUUUCUUUGUUCUAAAAUCGAUGUUGCUGUGUUGGCCAGUGUGGGUGUUUUGGUAUCACGAUUUGGGGUCCCUCGUUCAUGUAACCGGUGAUCCAUACAAAUACAGCUCUGCUUUUUUCAUCUCUAUGCAUUAGUUUUUGUCUGUAAUACUUUGUUGUUCACUGCAUUUAAAGACAAUUUCAGUUGGUUGUAGUUCAGUCUUGCUAAAAUUACUGUUACUUGCGAAUGAUGAUUUUUUGCUGCGUGGCUGUAAUUUUGUGGUACCAAUUACUUGUAUAGGAAAGGUUAAUACCCAGAUUUUAAAAGGCAAGUGUUUGGCACUAGUUUCUAGCCAUGCAUACUGUGUAAGAAAAAGAAAAACAUGUAUGUCCUUAUGCAUGCUAUGCAUGGACUGGACUCUGGAGCCUCCUAUGAAUGACAUGGUUGGAGGCCCACCAAGGCAAUACUGAUGGGGGCUCACUGUCAUCUGUUUUUGUGUGGUGACACUGGUUGAUGCCAAGCUUGCCCCCCAAGUGCACUUUUAGAGUACUACCAAUCCUGGUGAAAUCAGAUUUGAUACUUUCCUCCAUAUUUAGAAUGAUAGAAAGUGAUUAACCACCUCAUAAAAGAAAAUUCUCCCGUCACGUCCACAACCGAAUAUUACUUGUUUAAAACGGAAAAGGGAUUAAACUAGUUUACAUUUUUCUAUUUUUUGGAGAGAAUCUUGGAUCGCUUUCCUGAGGGCCAUCCUGUGGAUUAUAUUAAUGAGCUCCAAUCUGAACUGCUCAACUGAUUCUUUGAAAGGUAACUGCUUAGAUUUUGUUGUCAGAGAGACAGCAUUUAGCUUUAAUCGUGUAUGACAUUUGUCCCAUGUAAUUGCUAAAGAAAGGAAUUGCUUCUUAAAGAGGCCAUCCAAAAAAUGGAAAUACUAAACCCAAAAGGAUGAUAUUGCGGCUGGGAAUUUGGUUCUGUUUUGUCAUUGCACACAAUCUCUACCCCCGCAGAAUUUAUCUGAGGAUCUGGUCCUUCUCUGUUGGACUCACCGCUUCCUAUCUAUCUACCUGAAGAUAGGACAAACUAGCAGAACCAACAAGAGUCAUCCUCAACAAUGACAAUGCCCACGUCCUGGAUGUUUCCAAGUUUGUCUAUUGCUGUCAUUUAUUUCUUCUCUUGCUCAUUAGCUUCCACUUUCACCAUAACCAACGACUGCCCCUAUACCAUAUGGCCAGGCACGCUUGCAGGGUCAGGCACGCCUCAACUUACAAUGACCGGAUUUCAGUUGAAUUCUGGCCAAAGUGUUAGCAUUCCAUCAACACCGGGAUGGUCGGGACGGAUAUGGGCAAGGACAGGAUGCACAUUCGAUGAGUUGGGAGCCGGCAAAUGUCAAACCGGGGACUGUGGGGGAAGGCUGGAAUGUGAUGGCAGUGGUGCCACUCCGCCUACAUCCCUCUUUGAGAUAACCCUUGGAACAGGCAACGAGAAAGAUUUCUACGAUGUUAGCAUCGUAGAUGGCUACAACUUGCCGCUUGUUGCUGCACCAAGAGGGAUGUAUGGCGCAUGUAACUCCACAGGGUGCGCUUCAAAUAUCAACAUGGGUUGCCCAAAGGAGCUUCAGGUAGCAGGAGGAGAGGAAGGGGGAGUGGUUGCAUGCAAGAGUGCAUGUGAGGCUUUUAAGAUGGACCAGUACUGCUGCAGUGGAGAGUUUGCCAACCCAACAACAUGCCGGCCCUCUUUUUAUUCAGCCAUUUUUAAAAGGGCUUGUCCAAGGGCUUAUAGCUAUGCUUUUGAUGAUGGCACAAGUACCUUUACAUGCAAGGCUAAUGAAUAUGCCAUAAUUUUUUGCCCUGGUGUUGAUGGGGUGAAAAAACCAGAUGAUCCAAUGCUCAUCCCUCCAAUGCUAGAGCAGAGCAAUAGGGAGGUUGUGGGGAUUGUAUCUUCGUCAAACAUCCUCCUCCCUCUUCCGAUUCUGGUUUUUCUGCUCAUCCUAAAGCUUAUUCUUCUGAACGCUGAAUAUUAGUUUACAGCCUUGGACAGCACAAAUUGACUCUACAACAGAGUCUCAAAUAUCCAUUUGAAUGGGAAUAUUUACUGAAUCAAAGAGGGACUGCAAAAGGGAGAAACAAAUUGGAAGUAGAAGGCUUAUUUUGUAGAGGAAUUUAAAAUGCAUAAAGAUCUUCAUGAGUUCACCAAGGACAUUGUAGCUGAUCCAAGAAUCCCAUGCUUUGUUGUCAAAAUGUACUUAACCUUGUAUUUCAAUCGUCACAGAACUUGUAAUAAUCUUGGAAGUAGGGCUGUAAAUAAAUUAGUCUAUUCGAUAGCUCGCUCAA